GUUUUAUUUUUUUUUUUAUAAACUGCUUUAACACGUCCUCCUUCUUUUAUAUAUAUACACAUAUAUUUAUCAAUCUCGACUUUGUAACUUUUCUUUUAUCAAUUAACAGGCAAUGAGUUACAUGAAAAGAGACGAAGACUCAGGAGAAGUCAAUAUUUUCUCGCAAAUAAAUAAGACAACCGUACUUCAAGAGGCUCGCGUUUUUAAUGACUCGUCUAUCAAUGUUCGUAGAUGUCGCAUAUUACUUACAAAGAUUAUUUAUUUACUUUCUUUGGGUGAACCUUUCAAUACUCAAGAAGCAACUGAUCUUUUCUUUAAUGUGAUUAAACUUUUUCAAUCCAAAGAUACUUCACUUAGACAGAUGAUGUAUCUUGUUAUUAAAGAAUUAUCAGGAAUUGCUCAAGAUGUUAUUAUGGUUACUCAAUCAUUAAUUAAGGAUAUUCAAUCUAAACAAGAAACAAUCUAUCGUGCUAAUGCUAUUCGUGCUUUAUGUCUUAUUACUGAUCCAUCUAUGAUUCAAGGUAUUGAACGUAUCAUUAAAGCUUCAAUUGUCGACAAGAAUCCUUCUGUAUCAGCAGCUGCACUUGUUUCAGCAUAUCAUCUUUUUGGUUCCUCAAAGGAUAUCGUGCGUCGUUGGGCUACCGAAGUUCAAGAAGCUGCACAUGCUAAACAAUCAAGUGGUUUUGCUUCUGUUGCAUCCAGUUAUAUUUCUAGUUUUAGUAGUUCUGCUAGUCAAAAUCAAGCUGUUAUUUCUACUAGUAAUAUUGCUCAAUAUCAUGCUAUUGGUCUUUUAUAUCUUAUUCGUCAACAAGAUCGUAUGGCAGUUGCCAAGUUGGUUCAAACAUUUUCUGGUACAGGUCGUGGUAGUAACAGCGGUACUUUAAAAAACCCUGCUGCAGUUUGUAUACUGAUUAGAUAUGCUUGUAAAGUAAUGGAAGAUGAUCCUAGCUCUGUUAGACGCAUUUACGAGCUUUUAGAAGGAUUUUUAAGACAUAAGAGUGAUAUGGUCAAUUUAGAAGCUGCUCGGGCUAUUUGUGAAAUGAAAGAUGUUACAGCUAAAGAACUUUACCCCGCUAUUUCAGUUUUGCAACUCUUCUUGUCUUCACCUAAACCAACAUUGCGUUUUGCUGCCAUUCGUAUCUUGAAUACACUUGCUCUUUCUAAGCCUACUGCUGUCUCACCUUGCAACUUGGAUAUUGAGAAUUUAGUAUCUGAUCAAAAUCGUAGUAUUGCUACUUUUGCAAUUACUACUCUAUUAAAAACGGGUAAUGAAGCUUCAGUAGAUCGUCUUAUGAAGCAAAUUUCAAGCUUUAUGGGCGAAAUUUCUGAUGAAUUUAAGGUUAUCGUUGUUGAAGCUAUUCGCUCACUUUGUAUGAAGUUCCCUAACAAACAUGCUGUCAUGCUUUCUUUCUUGAGUAGUGUUUUACGUGAUGAGGGAGGCUAUGAAUUUAAAAAGGCUGUUGUUGAAGCCAUCUUUGAUAUGGUCCGUCAUAUUCCUGAAUCGAAGGACGCAGCUUUGUCUUGUCUUUGUGAAUUUAUUGAAGAUUGUGAAUUUACUAAACUUUCUGUCCGUGUACUUCAUUUGCUUGGCAGAGAGGGCCCUAAAACACCUACACCUACCAAAUAUAUUCGUUAUAUUUAUAACCGUGUCAUUCUUGAAAAUUCCAUCAUUCGUGGUGCUGCUGUUAGUGCGUUGUCUAAAUUUGGUAUUAAUUGCCCCGAUGAUCAUGUAAAGCAAAGUGUAAAGAUUUUAUUGGCCCGUUGUCAAGAUGAUGUGGAUGAUGAAGUACGUGAUCGUGCUACGUUAGCUUUAGAGAUGUUAAAAAAUGAGGAUUUAGCUAAGCGUUAUUCAACUAAUGAUUCAACUUAUGCCCUUCCUACCUUGGAACGUGAAUUGGUUGAAUAUGUCAAUCUUGGAAGCAAGACUGGCCUUGCCAAGGCUUUUAACUUGAACAGCAUUCCUAUCAUCAGUAAAACGCAAGAAGAAGAAGAAAGACGUCGUAAUCGACCUCAAGAUUUGAGUACUGCUACUUUAGCAGCUAUCUCCUCUCCUCUAUUAUCUUCAAAUGCAUCACCUAAAGUAGAACAAAAGCCAAGCCAAUUAGAUCAACAAGCUGCUUAUGCUGAUGCCCUGAAAGCUAUUCCUGAAAUUGCAGCUUUUGGUCCUCUCUUUAAGAGUUCAAACAAGAUUGAUGUGACUGAGAGUGAGACAGAAUAUAUUAUUCAAUGUAUUAAGCAUACCUUUGCUAAACAUAUUGUGUUCCAGUUCGAUUGUUUAAAUACCUUAAAUGAUCAAUUAUUAGAAAAUGUUGAAAUGAUGAUGCAAAUGGAUGAUGAAGAAUCUGGUUUGGUCCGCCUAUUUGAGAUUCCCGCACCUAAAUUAGAAUACAACGUUCCUGGCCACAUUUAUAUUGCUUAUGAACGACCCGAAGAUGACUUCCCUAUUGCUUCCUUUACAAAUACAUUAAAAUUCAUUAUCAAGGACUGUGAUCCUACUACAGGAGAACCUGAUGAAGAAGGAUAUGAAGAUGAAUACCAAGUUGAAGAAAUAGAAUUAUUGACAAGCGACUAUAUUCGUCCUAAUUAUGUAUCUAACUUUGAAGAAGAAUUUGAAGCCCUUGCUGAAGGAGAGGUGAUUGAGACAUUAGCAUUGGAUAAAGAAAAAGCACCCAGUCUUCAAGCUGCUUGUACAGCCAUUAUUGAGUUAUUAGGAUUGCAGCCAUUAGAGGAUAGCUCUUUGCCACGCAAUCCUAAUGUUCAUACAUUGAUUAUGUCUGGUACAUUUUUGACAGGCGAAAAGAUAUUAGUAAGAUGCCGUAUGACUUUUAAUUCUUCGACAGGUGUUGCAUUUGAGAUGGCUGUUAGAAGUGAAGAUCCUGUUAUUUCACAAAUUGUUCUCUCUACUAUUGCCUAAGAAAUGCAUAUAAUCAAAGACUAUUAUUCUCUAUUUUUAUCCCCUCUUAUAAAUAUAAGAAAAAAGAAAAAUCACAUAUAAUAAAAUUACAUGUACACACAAACAUACAUUUACAAAUAUAUAUGUUUAUAUGUAUAAAUACUAUGUAUUAUUUGAUCCUAGACUGUACUAAAAAAGUAACAAUAACUACAUAACCAUAUAAUGAUUUCAAACAACAGACAAUCAUAGUCUCUUUUUUAUAUCUAUCUAUAUAUAUUAUUUAAGUAAUAUACGUUGUUCUUGAUGAAGAUAUGUAUUUGAUUGUAAUUUCCCUUCUCUCUUUCUGAAGAAAUUAUAUUGUAUCUGGUAGUUGCACUAUUACCAAAUCUUUGCUGAGUGUUCUUAUAGAUACGUUCAAAUAGAGCAUAGAACUUGAUUUAAUCAAAAAAAAA